AGUUAUUUCAAUUCAAACAAAAAUGGCGGCGCCCUGUGGCCCACCUGUGUUGUCGGACUGAAAGAGAGUUUACAGCAUUAAAAUCAGGUGUAAUUUCAGAGGAGGUAUGGCCAGUGCAGGAAAGCCAGGUAAAAGGGCCAACAAAAAGGAAACCAAAAGGCAUGUUCCAACCAAGACCUCCUUCAACUCACCAUUCACUCCAAAAUGGAGCCCACUUCCCCAAGAAGACAUGCAUUUCAUCCUGAAAACCCUGAACGACAAGCUGGUUUCCACUGGUCUUGAGAAGAAAGAGGUGAAAGUGUUUCGCCCGUGGAGGAAAAAGAGAGACCCGAAACCUGCUGCCACAUCAGAACCUGUUCCUCAGGUGAGCCAGGAUGCACAGGUGCAGGAGUCUUCCAAAAAUGGCUGGACGGACGUGGCAGCCAGAAGACAACUGGCCAUUGGCAUCAACGAGGUCACCAAAGCUCUGGAGAGGAACAAGCUCAAACUGUUGCUCGUGUGCAAGUCUGUCAAACCAAAACACAUGACGGAUCACCUGAUAGCGCUGAGUGCAACGAGAGGAGUGCCGGCCUGCCAGGUGCCUCGGCUGAGCCAGAGUGUGUCGGAGCUGCUGGGCCUGAAAAGUGUCCUCGCACUGGGGUUUAGACGGUGUGCCUCCAAAGAUGACGAGGCGUUCGCUGACAUUGUUGAUGCCAUUGCACCCAGGGUGCCUUCACUGGACGUUGCGUGGCUACAAGGUGUAGCACCCAGUGUAACACCUGAAGACCCCACUGACAUGGAAGAGGAGGAAGCUGGCGGGAAGAAGGGCCAAAAAAGGAAGCUUGAGAGUGAAUCUGAGGAGGUCACAGAGUCGGCCUCGUCCUGCGCUCUGCAACCCCUCAAAUUGAAAAAAAUAGUUGCUAACCCUGAAAAGAAAAGUAAAAGAAAGGUGAAGUCGUAGCCAGCUGAAUGAAACACAAAUUCUGCCUAGAUGUUUCAGCUCUGUGGCUUCCAAUGUUUUCUGGCUUUUGACAUCUUGAAAUGAGUCUACUCGGGACCCCUUUGUUUAAGGUUAUGGCCUUAAUCUGGACAUGAGUCAUUUUUCAAUUCCAGGCUUUUUCAUUUGAAGAAUUUUUAGUGGCCCAAAGAGGUUAAAAAGUCUCACAAAAUAAAUUUGUUUUGUUGAACAUCAAUGUUUUUUUUUUAUCCUUUUAAUUGUAUUAUUAUUAUUUAUUCAGUUUCCUUCAUUUCAAAGUCAAAAUAAUUAAUGAAUAAGUGGCUGAUUAGUAGAUAAUGAAUAUAAUUAUUAGUUGCAGUUUUUACAUUAAAUUUAAAAUUAUGACAACUUUAUUUUUUGCAUCUUAUGUUAGUAUUGCUUUGUAAAGCAGAUGGCUGACUUUCAAAUUAAACAGAACAAAAUAGAACUUUUUGGUGUAAGUGAAAAGCGUUAUGUUUGGCAAAAGGAAAAUACUGCAUUCCUGCAUAAGAACCUUCCAUCUGUGAAACAUGUCGGCAGUAAUAUCAUGAUCUGGGCCUGUUUUGCUGCAACUGGGCCAGAGAAGAUUGCCACCUAUGAUGGAACAAUGAAUUCUGAAUUAUACCAGCGAUUAUAUAGAUGAUGUCAGGACACGUGUCAGUAAACUGAAUCUCAGAACGUGGGUCAUACAGCGAGACAACAACUCUACGCACACAAGUCGUACUACCAAAGAAUGGUUAAAGAAGAGUAAAGUGAAUAAUUUGGAAUGGCCAAGUCAAAGUCCUGACCUUAAAAAAUGUUGUUGAAGGACCUAAAGCGAGCAGUUCACAAGGAAACCCACCCACAUCCAAGACUUGAAGCUGAUCUGUAAAGAAGAAUGAGCUAAGAUUCCUCAAAUCGACAUUUAGUUGCAGUUAUUGCUGCACCGGGGGGAAAGCAAAGGUUCAAGUAUAACAUGUUUUUCUCAUUUGUUUAAUUGUUUAAUGUACUUCGUGUGACUUGUGUGAAAAUCUAAGUAUGUUUUAGGUCAUAUUUGUGCAGAAAUAAAGACAAUUUUAAAAAGUU